AUGGUGGGCGCUACUCGCCGCGGUGCGCUCAAAGAGAAUGUCAAGCGACCAGUCUCACCUAGUGACGAUGGUACAAUUGCGGACGCACCGCUCGACACGCCUUCGCAACAGCCAGUACUUUACCCCGCGCGCGACGACGUAUCGCGCCUGAGUGAGGGCCUUGAGCCGCUUCACCUGGUUGGGCAAGAUGAUCCACAAUACGUAGAUGACGCGUAUGCAGCAACGGAGAUUGACCCGCUUGGACAACAAGUUAAGGAAGUGAUUGCGACGAUCAAUCGACUGGAGGGCCUUGGCCUACAGAGGCUGAAGAUACCUCUGCCGAAAUGUAUCGUCCUGGGCGAGCAAUCUACUGGUAAAUCUUCUGUUAUCGAAGCUAUCUCCGGCAUCAAGACGCCGCGAAUGGAUGAUACAUGUACCAGAUGUCCACUCUUCAUUAAGCUCGAGCCUUCCGACAAUACUCGCGCCAGCUGGAGUGCGAGCGUUAAUCUACGACGGACUUUCAACUACGAUAUCAACAAGGUCCGAGGAUCCGAGUACCGGUACCCUGGCUGGCUCGAGAUGGAUCGGCCAAACGUCGUGCAUUUUGCGGAUACAGAAAACCCGCAUGAACUCGAGGAAAUAAUCGCACGCGCUCAACUGGCUAUCAUCAACCCUAUGACGCCCUACACGGAGUUCCUCGGAUCAACCGUUACUGCGCUUCGAAAGAAACCACACUGCGACUUCAGCCCCAACAUCGUCUGCAUCGAAAUCUCUCACCCGGACGUUCCUUCUCUCAGCUUCUACGACUUGCCAGGCAUCAUCAACCAAGCUGAAACCGUGGACAAGGAAUACUUGGUUGAGUCUGUUCGAAACAUUGUGAUGGACUACGUCAGCGACGAGGAAUCUCUCAUCCUUGUGACCUGCUCGUUGGACACAGACAUCGCCAACUCAACGGCAGGAGGCAUUGCGCGGAAGCUGGGCGCUACAGACCGAUGCAUUGGUGUCCUCACAAAGCCAGACCUUAUUCCCGACGGAUCCCGCCACGACAAACUCCUGGAGGUCUUUGACGAGAAGCGCUUUGCAUUGGGACAUGGAUACUUCGUCGUCAAGAAUCUGAACCAGGCAGAGAUGAAGCGCGGUUUGACCCAUACGCAAGCUCGAUUCGAAGAGCACAAGUUUUUCAGUCAAGGAACGCCCUGGUCAACUGCGUUCAGCCACUAUCAACACCGAUUUGGUACACUGAACCUGCAAAGCUUCCUUUCCUGCAAGCUUGCUGAAGAAAUGACGAAAAAGCUUCCCAUCAUUGACCAGGAGAUCAACCUGGCAAACGCCCCUAGAAUCAUCUCGGAUGUCGUACUCGACUUCUCGCACAACGUACGUAAGGAGCUUGAGGCCGAAUUCCCUUGCAAGGCGUGGCGCAACAACUGGAAGACACUGCAGAAAGGGUUCUUCGAUGCCCUCGCUAGCAUGAAGCCCACGAUGUCGACAAGCGGAAGUAGAGACGCAACAGUCUACAUGGACGUCCUAGGAGUUCAGCCUGGCAGCUCCGCUAGUAAAGCUAUCGCUGUAGACGACGAUGAUGAUGACGAUGAGGACUACGUGGACGACGGAGAUCGCGAUACACCAAUGUCUAGCAACCCCGAGACGCCUACGAAGAAGAGAAAGCUCGGUGAUACUCCAGGUCCUUCACCAGUGAAGACUCCUAGCCGUCGCGGACCACUAAAGACGACUGAGGGUAGGUCGGUUGUAUUCAGCACGGACUUCAGCGAGCUCAGGAAGAAGUUCUUCCUUGAUCAAGUCACGCAACAUUUAGCGGAGAACUCCCAGAGCAAAGUGCCCGGACAGAUCGAACCGCGCGUCGUCGAUGACAUGAUGCUCGAAACGCUUGAACAUUGGUCGCAACCGCUUCACGAGUUCUUCAACACGCUCGAAGGUCAAAUCGUUGAUCAGAUCAAGACUGUGUUCCACAAGCACUUCUCCAAGUACCAGGGAUCGACCUUUUAUCGCACUGCCUGGGAGGUUGUUGAACAGAUGGUCAGCUUGAACUUUACAGAGCAGCGCAAUACCAUGGCCAACGAGAGCCUCAAUGAUGAGAAAGAAGGUCCUUUCAUCUUCCACGACGAGAUGUUCGAGCUCGAGAAGGAAGCGGUACUGGAGCACUAUCGUCAAGCUCGCUUCAAAGCUCGCUUCAACAUCUACAAGCGCGAUAGAUUGAAGCGUACAGGGAAAGAGACUACCCCACAAGAAGAAGACAGGAUGAGAAAGGACGCGAGGGUCAUGGGGAUUCUGAAUCACGAGCCCUACGUUGUCGAGCUCGGAGUUGUCGCGCAGGUCACCACCUACUACAUGCUAGCAGCGCGCCGCUUCCACGACGUCGUAUGUAUGAGGAUCGAAUCCAAGUUCUCCAAGCAGCUUCGCACUCAACUCCGCGACGAACUUGAGGGUGGGCUGGGCAUGAACGACGGCAGCCAAGCCUACGACAACGCCGUUCGCCUCCUCUCCGAAUCCCCACACCGUUUCAAUCUACGCAAGGAGCUCAGUGGUCAGCGUGACUCUUUGCUCAAAGGCCAAGAGAUUCUGCGCGACCUCCAGAAAAAGAAGUACGGGACCGCCAAACCAUCUUCCGCAGCCAACGGUGGCUCGCACACUCGUCGCUCCAGUGCUUCCGGUGGCAUACCCACACCGGUGUCGGCAGAUAUGGAGGACGUGGAUAUGGCAGGCGUUUCGCGCCACUAG